AUGGAGACUGGAAGUGCACAGCCGUAUUUCUUCGGAGAUAUUGGCUGCUGGUCUGAGCGCACAGAGGUCCACAAAGCUGCCUAUGAAGGCGCCGCGUCUGCCCUGCGUCAGCUUAUUGAAGGUGGUGCCUCGGUGAAUGUGGUGGCGGUGGACUCCAUCACCCCGCUGCACGAGGCCUGUCUGAGGGGACAGGUGCAGUGUGUGGAGCUGCUGCUGGAGGCCGGAGCUCAGGUGGAGGCCCGGAACGUGGACGGCAGCACCCCGCUCUGUGAGGCCUGUAGCAGCGGGAGUCUGGAGUGUGUGCGUCUACUGCUGAAACAUGGAGCUAAAGCGAAUCCAGCGCUGACGUCUCGCACGGCCUCCCCACUGCACGAGGCCUGUAUGGGAGGGAACUGGGAGUGUGUGGAGCUGCUGGUUUCCAUGGGAGCAGCUCUGGAGGCCUACGACAUGUACCACGGCACUCCGCUGCAUGUGGCCUGUGUGAAGGACCACGCCCACUGUGUGAGAGUGCUGCUGCAGGCAGGAGCCAAAGUGAACGCGGCCCGAAUGCACCAGACACCGCUGCACCACGCGGCAAAGAACCACAGUGAGGAGGUGAUCCGCCUCCUGCUGGAGCACGGAGCCAACGUCUACGCCAGAGACCAGCACGACCGCAGCCCCACGGACUACACCCGGCCUGGGACGCCCUCCUCACGGCGCCUGCACCACCACCAGAGCACUCCCCUCAGCCUGCAGCAGCUCAGCCGUCUGUGUGUGAGGAACCAGCUGGGACCUAGAGCUCCGAGGGCCAUCACACAACUGCACCUGCCCAAGAUCCUCAUCCACUACCUCUGCUUCCACUGA